UUAUGAGCCUUGAAUGUCAAUAGUAAUAUUAAAUAGGCAAUGUCAAAUGUCAUAUAAUUUUUGGAAAUUUGUUGAUUUUUAGUUUAGAAUAAGAAAUAUAUAAAUUGCAAAAUUAAUGAAAACUCUACAUUUGGAGAAAAGGAAUAACAAACUUUAUCGAACUGUUUCAUUCCAGUAGUGCACGGAUUCCGAUUUAUUUUUACAACUAUUAUGCCAUGUAUGAAUCAAUAAACCCAGCCAGAUGACGAAAGCUAUGGAUAUUUUAGUCAUAUACUCCUUAAUUUUAUGUCUUUGUCCUAUUUUGGGCUGGGCAAGAAUACAUAAUUUGGAUAUAACGAAUGAUGCUAGGAGAUACUUUGCUCUCAGUUCUUUCGGAUUCUAUUCCGGAGGUUACUUAGAGGUGGAAUUGAUCAAUUUCAGAGCUAACCCUGAAAACGAUUCAUCAGUGUUUGGUUUCAGUCUGGAUAAAACCAUAAAUGAUGGUAUGAACCCUUACUUGGAAGGUCACCAAGAUCACUGCAUUCUUCAAGAUCCUGUUGAAAAACGUGAUGACGAAAUCGUUGUCAUUUUCAAGCUAGAUCUCAAAAAUGAGAAGUUGCGAAUUGACUGCAGUGAACCGAAGAGUGUUCAUAUUUAUGAGAACAAAGAUGAUAUGGCCAAAUCAGCUAUUGGUACAUGUAAAAAUUUGAAUUUUGACAUAAAAUCACUGAAGCGCAAUGGACCAACUUAUUACAAUACCUCUUUUGUUAUGGCCGUUAAAACUUUGCAAGAAGAGGGCCUCUACAAUCUUUUCUUUCACAGCUGUCCAAACUACAAUGCAAAUACAGAAACAUUCGUUGACUUCACUAUCAAGAUAAUUGAGCAGAACCCCACUAGCUAUCUCUCUGCUGGUGAUAUGCCCCUACCAGCCCUUUACUGCAUGAUGUCCAUAUUAUUCUUAUUAUCCGGCAUGUUCUGGGUGUUUCUCCUUCGACAGUCCAAGCACCCAGUUUUCAAAAUCCACUACAUGAUGGCCGUGCUGGUGUUUUUGAAAGCUGUUUCACUAGCCUUCCACGGUGUCAACUACCACUACAUAGAAAGACUUGGAGUGCAUCUAGCGACGUGGGCCAUAUUGUUUUACAUAGCGCAUUUGCUGAAGGGGGCUCUGCUGUUUGUUAUUCUCGUUUUGGUCGGUACUGGAUGGACUUUCAUCAAGCACGUGUUAACACAGAGGGACAAGAAACUUUUCAUGGCGGUAAUUCCACUACAAGUUCUCGCCAACAUGGCGGAAAUAAUCCUCGAGGAAAGCGAAGAGGGUGCGAGGGAAUAUCUAGCGUGGAAGAAUUUUGUUAUUCUCGUCGACUUGCUCUGUUGUGGUUGCAUAAUGUUUCCCGUGGUCUGGUCCAUAAGGCACUUGCAGGAGGCAUCCCAGACAGAUGGCAAAGCGGCAACGAACUUGCGGAAGCUCAAGCUCUUUCGCCACUUCUAUGUCAUGUUGGUGUGUUACAUUUAUUCCACCAGAAUCAUCGUGUACUUGCUGAAAAUCACAGUGCCUUUUCAGUUCGGUUGGUUGCACGAGAUGUUUCGCGAGAUGGCGACAUAUGUCUUCUUUGUGCUAACCGCCUACAAGUUUAGACCUGCAUCCCAGAAUCCUUACUUUGCUCUAAGCGAUGAUGAAGAUGAUGAUGUUAAUGAAGUGCUUACCGAAUCAGGGGCUUUAGAGGGUUUGAAGAAGGUGAACUCCAGAGUAGUGAAAGUGCCUCUGAGCCAGCAGAUGCUUACUGAAGUGACAGAGGAAGAAAAAGACGCCUUGCUGGGCCAAAAAGAAAACAGUCAUGAAUACGAUUGAUCAUCGAGAAUGAGCUAUUAUUCAUUUAAGGCACUACUUAGUUGUUGUCUACUGUGAUAGAAUUGGAACUCAUUCAUGAACUGUGACUUCUGAUAUUUUACAUUGUACGUUUGCAUGUGAUUUUUUUCAACACUUGGUUUCUUUGAGUAGGGUAAUAACCUGAUAUUGUUUCACAAAUGAAAUAAAAUACUUAUGACUAA